AUGAUUAAGGAAAAGCGACUCAAGGCAGUGGUGAGCAACACGGGGGGAAUCAAGGCAGUGGUGAGCAACACGGGCGGAAUCAAGGCAGUGGUGAGCAACACGGGCGGAAUCAAGGAAGUGGUGAGCAACACGGGGGGAAUCAAGGCAGUGGUGAGCAACACGGGCGGAAUCAAGGCAGUGGUGAGCAACACGGGCGGAAUCAAGGCAGUGGUGAGCAACAUGGGCGGAAUCAAGGCAGUGGUGAGCAACACGGGCGGAAUCAAGGCAGUGGUGAGCAACACGGGGGGAAUCAAGGCAGUGGUGAGCAACACGGGGGGAAUCAAGGCAGUGGUGAGCAACACGGGCGGAAUCAAGGCAGUGGUGAGCAACACGGGCGGAAUCAAGGCAGUGGUGAGCAACACGGGGGGAAUCAAGGCAGUGGUGAGCAACACGGGCGGAAUCAAGGCAGUGGUGAGCAACACGGGCGGAAUCAAGGCAGUGGUGAGCAACACGGGGGGAAUCAAGGCAGUGGUGAGCAACACGGGCGGAAUCAAGGCAGUGGUGAGCAACACGGGCGGAAUCAAGGCAGUGGUGAGCAACACAGGCGGAAUCAAGGCAGUGGUGAGCAACACGGGGGGAAUCAAGGCAGUGGUGAGCAACACGGGGGGAAUCAAGGCAGUCGUGAGCAACACGGGGGGAAUCAAGGCAGUGGUGAGCAACACGGGGGGAAUCAAGGCAGUGGUGAGCAACACGGGCGGAAUCAAGGCAGUGGUGAGCAACACGGGGGAAAUCAAGGCAGUGGUGAGCAACACGGGGGGAAUCAAGGCAGUGGUGAGCAACACGGGGGGAAUCAAGGCGGUGGUGAGCAACACGGGGGGAAUCAAGGCAGUGGUGAGCAACACGGGGGGAAUCAAGGCGGUGGUGAGCAACACGGGGGGAAUCAAGGCAAUGGUGAGCAACACGGGGGGAAUCAAGGCAGUGGUGAGCAACACGGGGGGAAUCAAGGCAGUGGUGAGCAACACGGGGGGAAUCAAGGCAGUGGUGAGCAACACGGGGGGAAUCAAGGCAGUGGUGAGCAACACGGGGGGAAUCAAGGCAGUGGUGAGCAACACGGGGGGAAUCAAGGCAGUGGUGCGCAACACGGGGGGAAUCAAGGCAGUGGUGAGCAACACGGGGGGAAUCAAGGCAGUGGUGAGCAACACGGGGGGAAUCAAGGCAGUGGUGAGCAACACGGGGGGAAUCAAGGCAGUGGUGAGCAACACGGGGGGAAUCAAGGCAGUGGUGAGCAACACGGGGGGAAUCAAGGCAGUGGUGAGCAACACGGGGGGAAUCAAGGCAGUGGUGAGCAACACGGGGGGAAUCAAGGCAGUGGUGAGCAACACGGGGGGAAUCAAGGCAGUGGUGAGCAACACGGGGGGAAUCAAGGCAGUGGUGAGCAACACGGGGGGAAUCAAGGCAGUGGUGAGCAACACGGGGGGAAUCAAGGCAGUGGUGAGCAACACGGGCGGAAUCAAGGCAGUGGUGAGCAACACGGGCGGAAUCAAGGCAGUGGUGAGCAACAUGGGCGGAAUCAAGGCAGUGGUGAGCAACACGGGCGGAAUCAAGGCAGUGGUGAGCAACACGGGGGGAAUCAAGGCAGUGGUGAGCAACACGGGGGGAAUCAAGGCAGUGGUGAGCAACACGGGCGGAAUCAAGGCAGUGGUGAGCAACACGGGCGGAAUCAAGGCAGUGGUGAGCAACACGGGGGGAAUCAAGGCAGUGGUGAGCAACACGGGCGGAAUCAAGGCAGUGGUGAGCAACACGGGCGGAAUCAAGGCAGUGGUGAGCAACACGGGGGGAAUCAAGGCAGUGGUGAGCAACACGGGCGGAAUCAAGGCAGUGGUGAGCAACACGGGCGGAAUCAAGGCAGUGGUGAGCAACACGGGCGGAAUCAAGGCAGUGGUGAGCAACACGGGGGGAAUCAAGGCAGUGGUGAGCAACACGGGGGGAAUCAAGGCAGUCGUGAGCAACACGGGGGGAAUCAAGGCAGUGGUGAGCAACACGGGGGGAAUCAAGGCAGUGGUGAGCAACACGGGCGGAAUCAAGGCAGUGGUGAGCAACACGGGGGAAAUCAAGGCAGUGGUGAGCAACACGGGGGGAAUCAAGGCAGUGGUGAGCAACACGGGGGGAAUCAAGGCGGUGGUGAGCAACACGGGGGGAAUCAAGGCAGUGGUGAGCAACACGGGGGGAAUCAAGGCGGUGGUGAGCAACACGGGGGGAAUCAAGGCAAUGGUGAGCAACACGGGGGGAAUCAAGGCAGUGGUGAGCAACACGGGGGGAAUCAAGGCAGUGGUGAGCAACACGGGGGGAAUCAAGGCAGUGGUGAGCAACACGGGGGGAAUCAAGGCAGUGGUGAGCAACACGGGGGGAAUCAAGGCAGUGGUGAGCAACACGGGGGGAAUCAAGGCAGUGGUGCGCAACACGGGGGGAAUCAAGGCAGUGGUGAGCAACACGGGGGGAAUCAAGGCAGUGGUGAGCAACACGGGGGGAAUCAAGGCAGUGGUGAGCAACACGGGGGGAAUCAAGGCAGUGGUGAGCAACACGGGGGGAAUCAAGGCAGUGGUGAGCAACACGGGGGGAAUCAAGGCAGUGGUGAGCAACACGGGGGGAAUCAAGGCAGUGGUGAGCAACACGGGGGGAAUCAAGGCAGUGGUGAGCAACACGGGGGGAAUCAAGGCAGUGGUGAGCAACACGGGGGGAAUCAAGGCAGUGGUGAGCAACACGGGGGGAAUCAAGGCAGUGGUGAGCAACACGGGGGGAAUCAAGGCAGUGGUGAGCAACACGGGCGGAAUCAAGGCAGUGGUGAGCAACACGGGGGGAAUCAAGGCAGUGGUGAGCAACACGGGGGGAAUCAAGGCAGUGGUGAGCAACACGGGCGGAAUCAAGGCAGUGGUGAGCAACACGGGGGGAAUCAAGGCAGUGGUGAGCAACACGGGGGGAAUCAAGGCAGUGGUGAGCAACACGGGGGGAAUCAAGGCAGUGGUGAGCAACACGGGCGGAAUCAAGGCAGUGGUGAGCAACACGGGGGGAAUCAAGGCAGUGGUGAGCAACACGGGGGGAAUCAAGGCAGUGGUGAGCAACACGGGGGGAAUCAAGGCAGUGGUGAGCAACACGGGCGGAAUCAAGGCAGUGGGGCAUAGUUCGGUACCAGUGAUCAGCAGGGCAGCAGAGUGGCCUGCCGUGCGUCAUCCCACUGCCGCCAUCCCACAGGUGCAGUGCAGCAGCCUCCGCCCCUCCAGUCGACACCCGUCCGUGCCGCCCGCUGUGCCUUCCGCCGUGCGCGCUCGCCAGCAGCGGCACUUCUCCCUCCUCGCCUUGCCGUUCCUCCGCAGGCGAGCAGUGAUCAGCAGGGCAGCAGUGGUGCCUGCCGUGCGUCAUUCCACUGCCGCCAUCCCACAGGUGCAAUGCAGCAGCCUCCGCCCCUCCAGUCGCCACCCGCCUCCUCGCACAGAUGCAGUGCAGCAGCCUCGUCGCCUCCUCGACUCCUCCUCCGCCGCGCCUUGCCUCCGAGUGAGUGGUCAGCAGGGCGGGUAG